UCUUGCGGCCAGCUCUUUACCUUCUAGUAGCGAGAGAUCUUCUAGUUCUGCUCUUCAAGCCGAAGUAAAGGAAGAAGAAAAUGGGAGGAAGUUUGAGGCCUUUUUAUUUUGUUCGUUCCGAAGUAAGCGAACUAGUAGUUUCUCGAAUUCCAUAUGAUGAAACAUGAAUUCGUAUCCAGCUACUAUCUUUCUGGGUAAUUUAUAAAACAUUGGGAACUUCCCACCCGGGUUUUGUAGAAUGAAUGGAGAGUGACGAGGAGAUCAGAAGAGUGCCAGAGAUGGGCAGUGGGGACCCGGCGGGCCCAUCAGCCUCCGGACGAGAGGCAGCUUUAGCGGCCGGUCCCGACCGGGUUCAGGCCUCAGGCGAUGGUCAGAGAAAAAGAGGAAGAAGCCCGGCUGACAAAGAGAACAAGCGGUUAAAGAGGUUGUUGAGGAACAGAGUGUCAGCACAGCAAGCAAGGGAAAGGAAGAAAGCAUACUUGAAUGAGCUAGAGGUGAGGGUCAAAGACUUGGAGAGGAAGAACUCUGAGCUUGAAGAGAGGCUCUCCACCUUGCAAAAUGAGAAUCAGAUGCUCAGACAUAUAUUGAAGAACACCACAGCAAGCAGGAGAGGAGGAAGUAGUAAUAAUUCAAACGCAGAUGGGUCUUUGUGAGAGAAAGAGAGAGAGAGAGAGAGAGAGAGAGAGAGAGAAGGGUGGGAGAUUGUGCCUUUUCUAGUUUAUAAAUUUAAACAUGAAAUGGCACCAAAAGUAGAACCUUGAAAAACGCUUAAAUCUUGAAUAAUUAUUUUCCUUACAGCCUCCUCUUUUGCUCCCUUCCUUCUUAUCAUCCAUUUCAUGUUCCGCGGAGGAGUAACAGGCCAUGGGCAGGUGCAAUCUGAUAGUGGUAGGGGUCGGUCCUACAUAAAGAGGGCUUCUAUUUAGGUGGUGGAAUGUACGUCUAAAAAAAUAGAAAAAAUCAUAACAUGUUGUGUAAAGGCAGUUAUCUUAUUUGGCUUGAUUUUGUGGA